AUGAUGUGUUGGAAGGUCCUGAGAGUCAGUCUGGUGGUCCUGGCUGGGUGGGCAUUCAGUACCACCAACUCAGAGCUGGGCUGGACACGCAAAAAAUUCCUGGCCCAGAGGGAACAACUGAACCAGGUGUUGGAAGAGGAACACUGUUGGCUGGGGACUAAGAUUCGAAGGCCCAGAACUGCUCCUCAGCAUCAUCUCUUUGGGGUCUACCCAAGCCGACUCCAAAGCUACCCAAGGCCCUAUGCUGUGGGGAAGAAGCAAACCCAGUAUGGAGGAUGGAGUCAACCAGGCAUGGAGAGACAGGCAUCAAGCGUGGUUCCCCGAGACCUGACUGAGAACCCAGCAGGAGUGAGGAGGGAGCCUGAGCCGCCCGCUGCCCUGUGGGUAGGGGAUGGUCCUAUUGGGCAAUCAGAGCUGCUGAGAGAUGAUGACACUUAUCUUGGCAACGGAGGAUCCAAGGAGGCUCUAGGUGAGCCUGAGACUCGGGGAAGCUCAGAAACUGCUGCCUCCACCAUCACCACCUUUGCGUACCAGAAAAGACCCACAGCAGAGACCCGGAGGAAGGGCCAGGCCAGGUCUAGGCUUCCUCGCCAACUGCUGAAGAGGCAUGCAGAAGACAGGACCAGAGACCCCCAGAAUGCCCCUCUAGAUUUCCAGCUCUGGCCUAAGGACCCCCUCAAGCACGGAGUUAGUGACAGUCCAUUGGAGGGCACCAUCCAAAAUGGUGGAGGGGUCUCUACCUGGGGAGCAGAGACCUUUAACCCUCAAGAAGGACUGCCUGUACUGUACUUCUCUGGGAAGAGGGAGCGGCUGCUGCUGCGUCCAGAAGUGCUGGCUGAGAUUCCCCGGGAGGCGUUCACAGUGGAAGCCUGGGUGAGACCAGAGGGAGGACAGAACAACCCAGCCAUCAUUGCAGGUGUAUUUGAUAACUGCUCCCAUACAGCCAAUGACAAGGGCUGGGCCCUGGGGAUCCGCUCAGGGAAGGACAAGGGGAGGAGAGAUGCUCGCUUCUUCUUUUCUCUCCGCACUGACCGGGUGAAGAAAGCAACAAUUGUGACUGGCCACAGCCGCUACCAGCCAGGCACGUGGACUCACGUGGCAGCCACUUACGAUGGACAGCAUAUAGCUCUGUAUGUGGAUGGCACUCGAGUGGCUAGCAGUCCUGACCAGUCUGGUCCACUGAACAGCCCUUUCAUGGCAUCCUGCCGCUCUCUUCUCCUGGGAGGGGACAGCUCGGAAGAUGGGCAUUAUUUCCGUGGAUAUCUGGGUACACUGGUCAUCUGGUCGACUGCUCUCUCACAAGCCCACCUCCAGCACAGUCCCCAGCACCCAAGUGGAGCAGAUGAGUUGACCACCUUGAUCCUGACAGCCACUUUCGACCCUCUGAAGGAACAGUGGGCCCCCUUCAGAGAUGAGUCUUAUCCCCGGCUUGAGGUUCUCCAGGACUCUGAGUCACAACCUGAGAUUCUGUCACCUUUGCAGCCCCCACUUUGUGGGCAAACAGCUUGCGACAAUGUGGAACUGAUCUUCCAGUACAAUAAGCACGGGCCCCUUCGGGGAGAGAAAGUGAUUCGCUACCAGGUGGUGAACAUCUGUGACGAUGAGGGGCUCCAUCCCACUGUGAGUGAUGACCAGAUCCGCCGGCAGCACGUGGCACUGAAUGAGGCCUUUAGCCGCUACAACAUCAGCUGGCAGCUGAGUGUCCACCGGGUCCACAACUCCACCCUGCGCCACCGGGUCGUGCUCGUUAACUGUGAGCCCAGCAAGAUUGGCAAUGACCACUGUGACUCCGAGUGUGAGCAUCCACUCACCGGCUACGACGGGGGCGAUUGCCGCCUUCAGGGCCGCUGCUACUCCUGGAAUCGUAGAGAUGGACUCUGUCACGUGGAGUGCAACAACAUGCUGAAUGAUUUUGAUGACGGGGACUGCUGCGAUCCUGAAGUGACUGAUGUCCGCAAGACUUGCUUUGACCCGGACUCACCCAAGAGAGCAUACAUGAGUGUGAAGGAGCUGAAGGAGGCCUUGCAGCUCAACAGUACUCAUUUCCUCAAUGUCUACUUCGCCAGCUCAGUUCGGGAGGAACUUGCAGGUGCUGCCACAUGGCCUUGGGACAAAGAAGCCGUCAGUCACUUGGGUGGUGUUGUCCUCAACCCAGCCUAUUACGGCAUGCCGGGCCACACCAACACCAUGAUCCAUGAGGUGGGACAUGUCCUGGGACUCUACCAUGUAUUCAAAGGAGUCAGUGAAAAAGAAUCCUGUGAUGAUCCCUGUAGAGAGACAGUGCCAUCCAUGGAGACAGGAGACCUCUGUGCUGAUACUGCUCCUACACCCAAGAGUAGGCUGUGUCGGGACCCAGAGCCAGCUAACGACAUCUGCGGUCUUACCCACUUCCCAGGGGCUCCAUUCAGUAACUACAUGAGCUACACAGAUGAUGAGUGUACCGACAGCUUCACCCCUAACCAGGUGGCCCGGAUGCAUUGCUAUUUGGACCUUGUAUACCAGCAAUGGAGCGAAAGCAGAAAGCCCACCCCCAUUCCUAUCCCACCCAUGGUUAUUGGGCAAAACCACACGUCCCUCACUAUCCACUGGCUGCCUCCAAUUAGUGGGGUGGUCUAUGACAGGGCCCCUGGCAGUACAUGUGAUGCCUGUACUGAAGAUGGGACAUUUCAUCAGUAUGUAUACAAGGCUUCCUCGGGGCGGGUGUGUGACUCUUCAGGUUACUGGACUCCAGAGGAGGCUGUAGGGCCUCCUGAUGUGGAUCAACCCUGUGAGCCUAGCUUGCAGGCUUGGAGUCCUGAGCUCCACCUGUACCACAUGAAUAUGACUGUGCCCUGCCCAGCAGAAGGCUGCAGCUUGGAGCUGCUUUUCCAACACCCGGUCCAAGCUGAUACCCUCACACUCUGGGUCACUUACCUCUCCAUGAACUCUUCCCAGGCACUCUUUGACAUAGAGAUCUUGCUAGAACUCAAGGAAUCUGUACACCUUGGUCCCUUGAACACUUUUUGUGACACGCCGCUCACCAUCAAACUCCACGUGGAUGGGAAGGUCUUGGGAGUGAAAGUCUACACGUUUGAUGAACGAAUGGAAAUUGAUGCUGCUCUCCUGACUUCUCAGCCCCAUAGCUCCCUGUGCUCUGGAUGCAGGCCUGUGAGUUAUCAGGUACUCCGAGAGCCUCCUUUUUCCAGUGGCCUGCCCAUGGUGGUGACACACCCACACAGGAAGUUCACAGACAUGGAGGUCACACCUGGGCAGAUGUAUCAGUACCAAGUACAAGCUGAAGCUGGAGGGGAAAUUGGAGAAGCUUCACCUCCUCUGAGGCAUGUUCACGGAGGCCCUUACUGUGGAGAUGGGAAGGUGACAAGGAGUAUUGGAGAAAUGUGUGACGAUGGAGACCUGUUGAAUGGAGACGGGUGCUCCCGAGUGUGUGCACUGGAGGAAGGCUUCAACUGCGUGGGAGAGCCAAGCCUUUGCUACAGGUAUGAGGGAGAUGGGAUUUGUGAGCCUUUUGAGAAGGAAACCAGCAUCAUAGACUGUGGCCUCCAUACUCCUGAAGGACACUUGGACCAGUGGGCUACCCAGGCAUAUUCCUACCAUGAAGACAAGAAGAAGUGUCCUGCUUCUCUGGUAACAGGAGAACCUCAUUCGAUGAAUUGUACUACGCAUCAUCCAGACUCAUCCCCCCACCAUCUUCUUCCUGGAUGGUUUCCCUGUGUCUUCAGUUUGAAGAGAGCCCAGAAUGAAGGCAGUGAGCAGUCUGAAGACAGCCUGCAGAAAGACAACGAGAUUUGGCUCGAAGUGUGUUUUGCUAGACCAGGAGUUGCAGCAGCACUUUUCCUUUUCUUGGCAUCUGAUGGCCUGGCCCCUGGGAAGCAUCAGCAGCCAACAGUGACCGUCUACCUGGUUGAUGUCAGUGGAAGCAACCACUCGCUUGGAACCUAUGAACUGUCAUGUCAACAUAAUCCACUGGUUGUCAAUGUGAGCCACCAUGCGAGUAUCUACCCCCACCACACCUCGUCCGUGCUGCUGAAUUUGUCAUCCCCCUUGGUGGGGAUCUCAGCAGUGGCUCUAAGGACAUCCUCCCACACCAGUUCUUCAGCUCCCAGUAACUGCAACCCAGAGCAAAACCAUCAGGGACAAAGCUGUGCCCAACGACCAUGUGGAGAACAGGGAAGAUGUGCACCAUUGCAGCUUGACCAUGCAGACAUGGUAAAUUGUACCUCCAGUGGCCCAGGUCACAUGAAGUGUGCCAUCACUUGUCAAAGGGGGUAUGUACUUCAGAGCAGCAGUGGGCAGUACUUCAGGCACAUGAAGAAAGGGAUUCUCCUCACUUGUUCCUCUGGCCACUGGGACAAGGAUGUGAUCUGCAUGCGCAUUGACUGUGGUGUCCCCGAAGCAUCCUUGGUGAACUAUGCAAACUUCUCCUGCUUGGAGGGUACUGACUUCCUGAAACGCUGUUCCAUCUCGUGUGUCCCACCAGCCAAACUCCAAGGACUGAGCCCAUGGCUGACCUGUCUGGAAGAUGGACUCUGGUCUCUCCCUGAAGUCUACUGCAAGUUGGAAUGUGAUGCUCCUCCAGUUAUUCCAAAUGCCAAUUUGCUUCUGCCACAUUGCCUAGAGGGCAGCCACGAUGUGGGCACCAUCUGCAGAUAUGAGUGCAAGCCGGGCUACUACGUGAUGGAGAGUGCAGGGAGCCAAGGACGGAAUAAGUUCCUGAAGAUCCAAUGCCUGGAUGAUGGAACCUGGGAACAGAGGAGCUGCAGCCCAGUGGUGUGCGAGCCUCCUUCUCCUGUCUUUGAAGGCAUGUAUGAGUGUACCGAUGGCUUCAAACUGGACAGCCAAUGUGUACUCAACUGCAACCAGGAAACGGAAACGACUCCCAUCCUCUGCACUAAAGAAGGGCUGUGGACCCAGGAAUUCAAGUUGUGUGAAAACCUGCAAGGGGAAUGCCCGCCACCCCCUUCAGAGCUGAAUUCUGUGGAGUACAAGUGUGGACAGGGAUACGGGAUUGGUGCGGUGUGUUCUCCAUUAUGCGUCAUCCCCCCUAGUGAUCCUGUGAUGCUGCCAGAGAACGUGACUACUGACACUCUGGAGCACUGGAUGGAACCUGUCAAAGUCCAGAGCAUCGUGUGUACUGGCCGGCGCAAGUGGCACCCAGACCCCUCCCUGGUCCAUUGUAUUCCAUCAUGUGAGCCUUUCCAAGCAGACGGCUGGUGUGACACUAUCAAUAACCGGGCCUAUUGCCGCUACGACGGGGGAGACUGCUGCUCGUCCACACUGUCCUCCAAGAAGGUCAUUCCAUUUGCUGCGGACUGUGACCAGGAUGAGUGCACCUGCCGAGACCCUAAGGCAGAGGAAAAUCAGUCACUCUAGGACCAGAGGCCAACCUCUCUGCCCUGGAGGCAGAUUAAGAGAGAGAGGCUCCCACCGCAGGAUGCAAAGGGUGAAUGAACAAUCCAGGUCCUACGGCUGAAGGAGCGCCUAGAAUGGAGAGUCAUUAAGACAUGCAAGAGAAUGUUUGUGGGUGCCAAUUAAUGCAUUACAUAGGCCAAGCAGGGAGGAAUUAGAGGCAAAGGUGUCUGUAAAAGAAAACAGUUGAUUAAAAAAGGAAGGAGAAAGGUGACAGACAGGAUCCCUCUUCCCUGUUUGUCCUCUGCUUCACCCUUUUCUCAGCUCUCACUCUCUUCCCCACUCUGCACGCUGUCAGUGGCUCAGCCCCACCCACCGUGGAAAACAGCAUCAGAAUAUUAGAAGAUAAACUGCCAGGGACACUCUGUUAAUCCCCAUUUCAGAUGGACUGUCAUCUUUCAGGGCUCAUCUACUCUAAACUGACCCUUUGCCUUUCUUUUGAGUAGUCUCUCUUAAGUAAUGAAGUUAGCUACGUCUUUGUAAGUAUUUAAACAUAAUUAUAUAAAUAUAUUAUAUAUUUUGCUGUUUACUAAGCUAAAAGUUAUUCAUUGUUCCACACAUGCUGCUGUGAAGUUCAUGUCCAGAUGGAUACUGAAGCUUCGAGGACAGAAAGGUCCUUUUGCCGUCCUUCUAUUGAUCGGGAUUGGCAGUUUGGCAGGUAGAGGAAAGAGGAAAUUCAAUUCUGGAUUCUGGCCUGUCAACUGAGCAUCAUUUUAUGAUCUGGGAGCUGGGCCUACUGAAGGGAGGUAGAUUUGGCAUGCUAAGAGCAAGAGGCAUGGAAAGUUACAAAUGGGAACCCAUUUGGCAGCGGUCUAGUAGAACUAGACAAUGGUUUCUAAGUAUCAGCGAAAGGAACACACAAACCUCCCCUUCUCAGAAUUCUAUUAGAGCUGGUGAAGUCCAGGGUCUUUUCCACUCCUUCGUGCACCUAGUCCAAGUGUAGCUGCCAGCCAGUCAGUCCGGAAGUUUGUAUUAGGGCUCAUUCUCCGAACACCAGGCUUACAGGAACUUACACCCUCUUCAUACUUGGCCAGUGGUUGGUGUUUCUCCUUGUUAGAAGUCCCAAAGUCUGGCCGUCAUUCACAGCCACAUCACCAGCUCUUGACUUUCUGAGAAAAGCAAAAACUUUGGAAACCCAGUAAGGGAAAGGUAACAAGCGAUGAAAGAAUUGAGAGGGAUGGAGGCAUCAAGACUGUCAGAGAGGCUGAGAGGUCAGGAUUAAAGCAGGGUGGAGGAUAAGAGGACAGAAUGAUUGAGGAAGUCCCUGUUCCAAGGCUCCAGAGGAAGCCAGAGUGAUCCUCUGAGCGACAAGAUAAAUUGUAUUCAAGUGGCAGCACCUAAAGUUUGCAGCAACCCAGCAAGGGAACCUGGGAAAAUGUGGAGCGAGGGUGACACUCUGUGGGGAGAAAGAAGAAUUUCAGCUAUUUAGGGUCCAUUUUGUUAUCUUUAUUAUUUUCUUGUUCAGUAGCUGUAUGGACUACACACAAAUCAAUCACAUUCAAUAGCUAUCUGAACUACACACAAAUCAAUCACAUUCAAUAGCUAUAUGGACUACACACAAAUAGAUCACAUUAAAUAGCUAUAUGGACUACAAACAAAUCAGUCACAUUCAAUAACUAUACGGACUAUACACAAAUAAAUCACAUUCAAUGCUAUAUGGACUACACACAAAUCAGUCACAUUAGCUCUUCUGUUUCCACCCAUCUUGGGCUCACAUUUCCCCAUGAGAUCUGACCUAGCUCUGUGUUCUUAUAACAGUUUCUGUAUCAGACCCAGAAAGUUAGUUUUUCCUGUUCAACAUUGGUCUUGUCCUCUUUCAAAGGCUCUGAGCUCUGUCUCCCCCUAAUUUUUUCUUCAGUGGAAACUGAGAGCAGACAAAUUUUGAAGCCAUCUCUGGAAUCUCCACAGCCUCUCCUUGUGUUCUCCCUAUUUUUUAUUAUCAGUGAAGUAACUGAUCUAUAAAAGGAGAAAGGCAACAUUAUUAACCAUCAUCAGCACAUCACCCCUGCUGUACACAAGAAGAGCAAUAUUCUGCAAUGACUGUGGAUGCAGCAGUGUACACAUGCUUACUUAUGGGUGAAUCAAAUAAGGACAACAGAGUCACCGAGAUAGAAAAGAACAGAGUUUAUUAAUCCAAAAAUCCUUUAUUGCCUCUAUUCCUAAUUACAAGGUACACAGUUGCUUAAAUACUGUUCACUGUCUGGGUCACCCUUAAUGCCCUCAGUCAGGAGAGACAACUCAUGUAUUUUUGGAUCCUGAUACAUUUAAAACAGAAAGAA